GUAUUGUAACGUGGAGACGCUUUCUAAAUAAACUAAUAUAUUAUAUUUAUAUGAAAUGCAACGUUUACAAAGAAUAUUUGUCCGAAUGGCGAUAAUAGUGGCCGGAAUAAUAGUAAUGUUUAUAGCAUCCUCCUCCUUAUUUGGUAUGGACGUCACGAAAAUGUCCAUUUUUAAGAGAGAGGUCCGCCAUAUUGGAUUCUUGAAAGUUCAUAAAGCUGCCAGCACCACCAUAGAGAAUAUGAUGAUACGAUUCAGUCAAAGUAGAAAAUUAACCGCCGUGCUACCUAAAGACGGGCAUCAUUUGAGUGUAAAAAACGCGCACCCUAAAUCAUGGAAGUUUUUCCCCAUACCUACAAACCACACGUUUGACAUAUUGUUUAAUCACGUGAUCUUUAGCGCGGUCGGCUUUAGAACUUACUUACCUAGUGAUAGCGUCUAUAUAGCCUCGGUUCGUGAGCCUUUUCAACAAAUGAUAUCCGCGUUUUAUUACAUACGUAGAGUGUUUCCUCAAGCGUAUAUAAAAAACAUCAGUGGACCCAAUCCACACAGAGUUUAUCUAAGAGAUCCAAAGCGCUACGACGAGGAUAUGACGUCAUUCACACAUAAUGGAAUGGCGCGAGAUUUCGGCUACCCACCUGCUUUGAAUGACAAUAUGGCCCUAUUUCAGGAAUAUAUGGAACGUCUUGGGACUUUCUUUGAUUUGGUUAUUGUGAUGGAGAAAUUCGAUGAAUCGAUAAUUUUAAUGAGACGGCUGUUACGCUGGUCGAUCAAGGAUAUUGUUUAUAUUAAAGCCAAUGUUUCAAAGUUGAACAGCUCCAUAGAAAUAACCGAUCAGGACCGACAACUCCAUCGACAGUGGGCGCCACUGGAUUACGCCCUGUAUGAUUUCUUUCUUAAGAAACUAGAAAAUCAAAUUUCUACCCAAUUCAGUGACUUCACUAGAGAAGUGAAAUACUUCAAACAGGUUCUGAAACGUGUGGAGGAAUUUUGUCAACAGAAAACGAUUAUCCAACCCCUGAUUAUCGACGUCAGCGAAUUCUCCGAUCAGUUUCAAAUAACUGAUUUGGAUUGCGUUGUUAUGACGACAAAAGAGUCGACAUUAAUGAACAAUUUGAAAGAGGACCGCCGAAAGGAAUUAAUACAAUAUGGCGAAGAUGCGAUUUAUAUAAAGAAAAAACGUGAGUCUAUAAUCUGGACACCAGCUCUACAGUUAGAUGUGUAAAUAAUCGGGUCUAUUGUCUCGAACAACCAGACUAUAUAACAUCAAAUAUGGCUACAGGUGUGUUCGCUUCAAACCCAUUUCUUAACAAAAGAAUAAAUUCUGAUAUAUGUCAAAAUACUGGUAUAAACAAUGACUUCUAUAGCCUCGAACAACCAGCCUAGAUGAUCAGCGAAUAUGGCAUCUAAAGUUAGUUUUCUUGCCGGUUUUGGUUUCAAAUCCAGUUGCUAAAACCCAUUUUUUAAAAACAAAACCGGAUUACAAGUUAGUCUUGGUCACCCAGAACCUCCUAGUCUUCAACGUACGGGGGAUCUGGGACCGUUGUCAAUAUUUGACGUAAAGUCCAUUGCCCAUGCAUAACCGGGAGUUGGGUUUUUAAUGUGGUUGAUUAUCCAGUAAGAGUUGCGCCCCCUCCCGCAAUAAAUCCCAUAAUUCUUGUUAAUAUAACCAAACAUGAAUCGUAACGACGAAUUAGGAUUAAUUUAAAAAAACAUAGAUAUGGCUCAUGAAGAGAGAAAUUUUACAGUAAAAAAAAAUUAAAAGUGUUGGAUAUUGAACAGUGCAUGCAAUCAAAUGGAUUAUUUGAAAAGGCUUUCUUAAAUUAAUUUCAUGGGCGUCAUCAUCUUCUUUUAGGAUGAGUUACCUCCCUUA